AUGAUGACAACAAUAGCAAAAGCAUCAAUAGCAUUGAUGUUAACAACAACAACUACAGAACCAUCAACAACAACUACCACAGAAUCAUCAACAACUACUACAGAACCAUUAUCAACGUUUAUAACAACAGCAGAACCUGGAUCGACAACAACAGAAGCAGAUCUUAUCUCACUUGAUAGUACUGAUAGAGGUGUCUAUGCCAUAUAUCAGACAAAGAUAAGCAAGAAUAGUCAAAGGUCAGCAGUUGGUAACCUGUAUGGUAGCUAUCCUCCAGACCAGUCACCAGACAAUGCAUGCGAUGGUAAUCAUCUCACAAAGUAUUUAAACUUUGGAAUGUGUUUUGAAGAUAGCCAUGAAGUUCAAUGUGGUUUGGAUACUGGUUUUUUUCUGGAGUUGAAGCGGGGUGCAUCAUUAGUUACAGGUUUACAAAUCUGCACAGCCGAAGAUUAUGCAACGCGUGAUCCACUUACGAUAUCAUUGGAAGGAAGCAAUGAACCGUAUCCAACUCUCAUUCUUGGCCCGAGCUGGACUCUGAUCUACAAUGGGCCUAGUGGUCUUCAGAAAGAUCCUGGUAGACUCACCUGUGGAAUUGUGCAGCUGGUCAACAAUUCAGCUCAGUAUAAAAGUUAUCGGUUUCUUGUUUCAGGCAAGCGGAAUAUCUCGAACAGUGUUCAGUAUUCUGAAUUAAAGCUAUUUGGACACUGA